AAUAUAACCUAAUAUUCGAGAACUCGUGUCAGUUUGCAACAGUUUUUUUACAACAAAUCGAAAAGAACAAAGGGUUUGAAUGCAAAAAGCAUAAAAUUACUUUCAAGUGCCACGUAAUUACACAAUGAUAGCAGAAAACAGCGAUUUAAAUCCUUCGGCCCCAUGUGCCGAAAUAAUCGACGACAUUGAGGACCUUGUAUCCGCUCAAGACAUAACACCGAAAGAACGAUACAGUUCGCGUAAAAACGUUAAAGUCAAAGCUAAAAAGAGGGACAAAAAGAUUGAAAAUGUGGAGCCAGUCAGCGGUGAAAAUAUUCCAGGGACUCAAAAAAUUUACAUUAAAACGUGGGGCUGUGCCCACAACAGCUCAGACACUGAGUACAUGGCUGGUCAGUUGACUGCUUACGGUUACAAAUUGACCGAAAACAAAAAAGAGGCCGACCUUUGGUUACUCAAUAGUUGUACAGUCAAAAACCCAGCUGAGGAUCACUUUAGAAAUCAAAUUCAAGAGGCCAAAGAACUAGGAAAGUACAUUGUUGUGGCCGGUUGUGUCCCGCAGGGCGCCCCUAAAGCCUCCUUCAUUCAAGGUCUUAGCAUUAUAGGGGUGCAGCAAAUUGACAGAGUUGUGGAAGUUGUUGAGGAGACUUUGAAGGGAAAUACGGUCAAAUUGUUGGGUACAAAAAAAGAACAAGGGAAAAAAAUUGGGGGUGCUUCUUUGCUGUUGCCUAAAGUUAGGCGAAAUCCCUUGAUUGAAAUUAUUGCUAUCAAUACAGGGUGUUUAAAUCAGUGUACUUACUGUAAAACUAAACAUGCCAGGGGGGAAUUAGGAAGUUAUCCACCUGAAGAGAUCGUGGAAAGGGCGAAACAAGCUUUUGAAGAGGGUGUUGUUGAGAUAUGGCUCACGUCGGAAGAUACAGGCACAUAUGGAAGGGACAUCGGGACUUCGCUCCCGGAGCUGCUUUGGAAGCUUGUCGAAGUAAUUCCUGAAGGCUGUCGCUUGAGAUUAGGGAUGACCAACCCCCCUUACAUCCUCGAACACUUAUCAGAAGUUGCAAAAAUAAUGAACCACCCCCGUGUGUACAGUUUUCUCCACGUUCCAGUCCAAUCCGGAAGCGACCAAGUCCUCUCCGACAUGAAACGCGAAUACUUCCGAAAAGAUUUUGAACACGUUGUUGAUUUCCUCCAAUCGCAAAUCCCAGGCAUGACGAUUGCCACCGACAUAAUCUGUGGAUUUCCCACAGAAACGGAAAAAGAUUUUGAAGACACUUUAUCCCUAUGCGAAAAAUACAAGUUCCCUAGUUUAUUUAUCAACCAGUUCUUCCCAAGGCCUGGCACACCGGCGGCUCUGCUUCCGAGAAUACCAGCGCAAGAAGUGAAAGGCAGAACUAAGCGGUUGACCGAUUUGUUUUAUUCGUAUCAGCCGUAUGAUAAGAAAGUAGGGGAAGUACAGGAGGUGCUAGUAACGGAAGUGUCCCACGAUAAGAAACAUUACGUGGGGCAUAACAAAUUUUACGAGCAAGUUUUGGUGCCGAAAGAUGAGAAGUACAUGGGGAAGCUGGUCACUGUGAAAAUUGUGAGUGCGACGAAAUUCUCAAUGACGGGGGAACCCCUAAGCCAGGUCAUGCCUGGAAUUGCCAAGCCAUUACAACACGGCGAAGUUUCGGGAGUCAAGUUGAAGAAAACGGACGAUGUGAGGGUGCUAAUCACCCUAGUUGUGUUAGGAGUGUCUAUUAUUUUCAGAUUCUUGUGGAUGAUACUUUAAGUUGUUAAAUUUUAUUAUUAAACAAAUAUAAAUUAUUUGAUUUCAAAAGAA